CGUAGUUAUACAACUGUGGCCUUGGUAGGGCUAGACUUUUUUACGGGAUCGCUGUCGUAGAGAGAGAACUCGGCACUGAUUUAAAGGAACAAUUAGAAGAAAUUAUUUCACAUAACAACCGUCGUGUAUCGGCGCGAACGUAAUCUAAUAACACGAAAACAGAAUGUUAAGUGUCGUGAUAAUGUUCGAACCAUUUAACUUUAUAAUAUCAUUUGCACGGCCACUGCGUAGUGGAACUAGAUUAAUUAAAUUAAACAAGAGUGAUGGUAUUUCACGAGAGACGCUACGUCCGAGUCUUUUCGCGUCCUGACGAACAAGGGACCAGAACAAUAUUCUGCUACAAUAUUUCAAAGUUCGCGUGCGCGUUACUACGCAACAGUGGCAAGGCGAGAGUCGUCGUUUUUAAACUUUGUGCGCGUAGCUGCGAGAAUGCUGGCACGACGGCGCCACAGAUUCGAAUGCAAAACCAGCCUAAGUCGAUAUGACAGGGCGUGACACAAGAAAGGUAAGGGAGUCCUAGGACCUUCGAGAGUGUGUGAUAAAAUUUUACAUCGCUUGUUAUGUCUAUCCUAUACCUCGUCUGUGUCGAGUGUCACUAGCUUGAGGAGAGGCAGUUUGAUAUCCCUGAUCUAAACAGUGAAAUGAGCAUCUGUUUUACUACAUAAAUAGUUGGAAUACUUCAUGGCAAAAUGUCUUCAUUCAAUUUUGACAGUUGACAUUUAAAAUUUUAUCGAAUGUAAACUUUAAGAUAUUUUUGAAAUUCAUAUAAACACAUGUAAAUAAUUUUUAGUCUUGGAGAAAAUAAUGUAUUCUAAUAUAAAAGCUGGAGUAGCUAAAAGGGACGAGUGUUCAAUAAAACAGACUUCUCAAACGGCUAGUGAGGUUACGAAAGAAAAGGAAACUGAUAUCAGUCGUUAUUUCGAAAAUGCAUCCCGAACAAUUUUUGAUGAAAUUGUUCCAUCUAAGAAAGAUGAUCUUCCUGAUGUGCAGAGAAGUUCUAUGAGUAGAAUUCCAAAUUUCGAAUUAUUGGGUGAUCAUUCAAGUGAAUUCUUAAAGAUUGACACAUUGCUUGACAGCAAACGAUUUGAUCACAGUGCAAUGAGUGAUACGCAUAGAGAUGUUUGGAUACCUUCUGAUCAAACGCGGAAAGUUUUACGUAGUAUUGCCACAUCAACUACUGGUUCUAAUUCUCUUGAAAGAGAACAUUUAACAAUGCCAGGGUUGGCAAUACAAGGAGACAUGCCUGAUUUAAUAAAAAGUACUGCAAUUCACUUCUUAGGCGAAGAUGAAAAUAUUCAUAGAAAUGUGCUUACUGCUUCUGAUGUAACACAGGAUGAGCGUGGCUUAAGAAAUUUAAUACAAGCUGGUUGUUAUAAAGCAGCAAUAAAUUUAUCAGGGAAGCUUUUAGCUGUAUAUGCCCAAGGAUAUGGUAAAAUAAAUCAGCCUAGUAAACAUACUCCACAUUCACUGCAAUUAUGGUAUACGAGGCUAGCUUUAUUAGCUAAACUUAGACACAUAGAUGUGUUGGAAAAUGAGUCAAAACCAUUUGGUAAUCUAGAUAAGCCUGAUAUGUAUUUCACAUUUUACCCUGAUUUAUAUGGUACCAGGCCAGGUUCUAUGGCUUCUUUUUCUUUUAGAUUGCUUUUAGCAGAAAUACCUUUGUAUUGUGGUAAACCUAAACAAGCAUUGGAUAAUUUGUACAAAGUUCUAGCCACAGUAAAUCAAAUAAUAGUAAAUUUUAAUACUGGAUUUAGUGGAGAUGGAUCUCGCAUUACAGUAAAUGCAGUAGAACAGGAAGAUGCUGUACGAUUAUGGAAGGGCAGAAGAUCUAGAGUUUUAAUAUCAAUUAUCAAUUGUGCAGUUAAUAUGAAAAAUUAUAUACUAGCCAUUGAUAUUUUGGAACAGUUAUGCGAUUCUCCAGACUGGUUUCCUGAACAAUUAGAUGCACUGAAAUCUAGUAUAGGAAGGCUGCAUCUGUUUUUAGGAGAUGUUGCAACUGCAGAAAAGUUACUCAUCAAGGAGCAUAAACAAGACCAUACUCCAACUGUUAGAGAAUGGAUGGAUAAAGGAUUAAUGGCUGUAGCACGUAAUUCUUUUCAAGAAGCAUACAACUGCUUUAAAGCAGCAGCUACAUUGGAUCCUUCCAACAUUGCAUUAAUUAAUAAUAUGGCUGUUUGCCUUUUAUACACAGGACAAUUGAAAGAGUCAGUGCGUUUAUAUGAAAGUGCAAUUAAAGAGAAUCCUGUGAAAAGUUUGCAAGAACCUAUACUAUUAAAUGUAUGCAGCGCAUAUGAACUGCAUACAACUCACUGUGAACAACCUAAAUUGCAUCUAUUGAGGCAACUAAAUAGAUAUAAAGGGGAUGCUGUAGAUAUACAGUGUUUGAAACUUGCUCUGUGAAGUUAACAUUAAUUUUAAAUAGAAACUAUUUUAUUCGUCCAUUUAUAAAACGUGAUAAAAGGAGAUAUUUAAAUUUGUUAUUUAAUUACAAAAAUUAAUGCAUUAAGCAACAAAUAUGUAAAGUUUAUUAAAUAAAAAUUAAUUUCAAUAAAGUUUGAAAAAAAUUA